UGGAGGGAGGGAUCCAAGGCAGUGGCCUACAUGGGCAUAGCGCAGGCAGAGCAGGGCCCAGGAGUCUGCAGAAACAGAGGGUCUGGAGGACCCACCUUCUCGGGCUAGGUUUGGAGUUCUCUGUCUUGGCCUCAUCGUCCCCGCCUGAGCUUCUGGGAACCCACGGGGAACCGGCCAAGACUGAGGGUCUGUGAGCCGCUCCAGGAUGCGGGCUCCGGGUGCAGGUUCGGCUUCCGUGGUCUCGCUGGUGCUGCUGUGGCUGCUGGGGCUGCCGUGGACCUGGAGCGCAGCGGCGGCGCUCGGCGUGUACGUGGGCGGCGGCGGCUGGCGUUUCCUGCGUAUCGUCUGCAAGACCGCGAGGCGGGACCUCUUCGGCCUCUCUGUGCUGAUCCGCGUGCGCCUGGAGCUGCGGCGGCACCAGCGUGCCCGCCACACCAUCCCACGGAUCUUCCAGGUGGUGGCACAGAGGCAGCCUGACCGCCUGGCGCUGGUGGACGCGGGCAGUGGCGUGUGCUGGACCUUUGCGCAGCUGGACGCCUACUCCAAUGCCGUGGCCAACCUCUUCUGCCGGCUGGGCUUCACUCCAGGUGACGUGGUGGCCAUCCUCCUGGAGGGCCGGCCCGAGUUCGUGGGACUGUGGCUGGGCCUGGCCAAGGCAGGCGUGGAAGCCGCGCUGCUCAAUGUGAACCUGCGGCGGGAGCCCCUGGCCUUCUGCCUGGGCACCUCGGGUGCCAAGGCGCUCAUCUUCGGAGGGGAGCUGGCAGCAGCGGUGGCCGAGGUGAGCGGACAGCUGGGGAAGAGUCUGCUCAAGUUCUGCUCUGGAGAACUGGGGCCUGAGGGCAUCCUGCCGGACGCCCGACUCCUGGACCCGUUGCUGAAGGAGGCCUCCACCGCCCCCCUGGCACAGCCCCCUGACAAGGGAAUGGAUGAUCGACUCUUCUACAUCUACACAUCGGGGACCACGGGGCUGCCCAAGGCCGCCAUUGUAGUGCACAGCAGGUACUACCGCAUCGCAGCCUUCGGCCACUACGCCUACAGCAUGCAGGUGGCAGACGUGCUCUAUGACUGCCUGCCCCUGUACCACACGGCAGGCAACAUCAUGGGCGUGGGGCAGUGUCUCCUCUACGGGCUGACGGUGGUCCUCCGCAAGAAGUUCUCAGCCAGCCGCUUCUGGGAUGACUGCGUCAAGUACAACUGCACGGUGGUCCAGUACAUCGGGGAGAUCUGCCGAUACCUGCUGAAGCAGCCGGUGCGCGAGGCCGAGGGGCGGCACCGCGUGCGCCUGGCCGUGGGCAACGGGCUGCGGCCCGCCAUCUGGGAGGAGUUCACCGAGCGCUUCGGUGUGCGCCAGAUCGGCGAGUUCUAUGGAGCGACCGAGUGUAACUGCAGCAUCGCCAACGUGGACGGGAAGGUCGGCUCCUGUGGCUUUAACAGCCGUAUCUUGCCCCAUGUGUACCCCAUCCGGCUGGUGAAGGUCAACGAGGACACCAUGGAACUACUGCGGGAUGCCCAGGGCCUCUGCAUCCCGUGUCAGGCCGGGGAGCCUGGCCUCCUCGUGGGCCAGAUCAACCAGCAGGACCCGCUGCGUCGCUUCGAUGGCUACAUCAGCGAGAGCGCCACCAGCAAGAAGAUCGCCCACAGUGUCUUCCGCAAGGGCGACAGCGCCUACCUCUCAGGUGCGAAGAUCCUGGGGGCUGGCUGUGGGGAUGGCGGGCCACCAUCUUACCUCUCCUCCUCCCCUCUGCCAGGUGACGUGCUGGUGAUGGAUGAGCUGGGCUACAUGUACUUCCGGGACCGUGGCGGGGACACCUUCCGCUGGCGUGGGGAGAAUGUCUCCACUACUGAGGUGGAGGGCGUGCUCAGCCGCCUGCUGGGCCAGACAGAUGUGGCUGUGUACGGGGUGGCUGUGCCAGGAGUAGAGGGCAAAGCAGGCAUGGCGGCCAUCGCGGACCCCCACGGCCAGCUGAGCCCCAAUGUGCUGUACCAAGAGCUGCAGAAGGUGCUGGCGCCCUAUGCCCGGCCCAUCUUCCUACGCCUCCUGCCCCAAGUGGACACUACAGGCACCUUCAAGAUCCAGAAGACUCGGCUGCAGCAUGAGGGCUUUGACCCACGCCAGACCUCGGACCGGCUCUUCUUCCUGGACCUGAAGCAGGGCCACUACCUGCCCCUCGACCAGAGUGUCUAUACUCGCAUCUGCUCGGGUGCCUUUGCCCUCUGACGCUCCUCCUCCGCCCACUAGAGACUCCCAGCCCGGCCCUGCCAGUGAGGCUGGGGGGCUGGCCCAGCCAUGCCAGGUGGGGCCACCCUGGUGUUCAGCAGCCAGAGGAGCCCAGGAAGAACCCACGGCUCUGCUACCCUCUCUCCCCUCUCUCCUCCUCAGGGCUGUCUCCUGCCUGAGUUCCCGUGCCUGUGGCUCUGUGCGUCUCUCUCCUCCCUGCUUCUCAGCCUCCCCGCUGUCCCGUAUGCCCACACCUCUUCCCUCUUUCUUUUCCCCUGCUCUCUCCUGAGAUCUGCGGGCAUGCAGGGCCCAGCUGUCCUCCCUGCUGGGUCAUGGACCCAGAGUGGAGCUUCUCAGCCUCCCGAGUCUCAGCUGUGCCUUAAGGAGCGACAGUCCGCACCUCCCCAGACUGCUGGGCCCCAGGGCGUCACAGGCCAGUCUGAGCUCCAGACAGACCCUCUAUCACCCUUCCCGAGCAGAGGAUCCACGUGGUUUGCCCCGCCCACCUGGGUGUCAGGGGGGGUCAUUGUCAAGGGACCUCCAGGCCAGCUAGAAAUCUCUCCCAGGCUGGGCCAGUUGCCUUUUGCACUUAACCGUCUUUGGUGGGCCUCCCUCCUGUCCCCUGUCUGCCCUUCCUGAUGCCCGGAAGCUUCCAGAAUUGACUGUGACCCCUUAGACAUUGCCCCUGCCCAGAUGUCUCCUUUUAGGUGCCUCCACAGAGCUCUUGCUAGAGGAGCCUUGAAGACUGCGCCGGGUGGCUGUUCGGCUCACCAUCCAGACACUCACCCUGGCAGAGGACUCUCGGGGGUCCCCGUCGGACGCCGCUGCUGGUGGGACCCACAGGAGUGGCAGCGGUGGUGUAGGGGGAGGUCUCCCGCCUGGGGGUGGUGUCUGAGAUGGACUUCGGGGCCUUGGAAGUUCCAGCCCAUUGAAUAUCCCCACUGGCUUUGUUGGUGACAGUUCAGACCUCGUGUUGGUGGUCGGCCUCAUUGGUGGCUCAUCCCGGACUCCUGGCCACUCAGACUGUCCGUCCCGCCCCCCAAUUCUGCAGUAGCAUCCAGCCCCUCAAACGCUGGGGCCAGUGCUGUUGCGCAUGGGCCUUUCCAAGCACCAAGGUUUUGUUUCCUAGUUGAAUUGAAGAAAUAAACCUGCAGAGUGUCCAGUG